AUGGCAUCAAGAUCUGAACGUGAAAAAUCUAAAAUGCAAGAAAAAUAUCAAUUGAUAUUAUCACAAAUGCUUAAAGAAGAAGAUAAUAAAUAUUGUGUUGAUUGUGAUACUAAAAGUCCUCGAUGGGCUAGUUGGAAUAUAGGUGUAUUUAUAUGUAUUCGUUGUGCUGGUUUUCAUCGUAAUUUAGGUGUACAUAUCUCAAAAGUUAAAUCCGUUAAUUUAGACUCUUGGACAGGCGAACAAAUUGCUUCAAUGCAAGCUAUGGGUAAUAGUCGUGCACGUGCUGUAUAUGAAGCAAAUUUACCUGAUGGAUUUCGACGACCACAAGCUGAUUCAACAUUAGAAUCAUUUAUUCGAGCUAAAUAUGAACAACGUAAAUGGAUUGCUAAAGAAUGGAUUCCACCUGAAAUAACGGUGCCUAUUGGUCUCAUUGAAGCAGAAACUAAUCAACGACGAGUUGAAACAAAAUCUGAUAUUGAACGAAUAGAAAAAAAUACUACAAAAUUAAGACCAUUUACAAUACCACUAUCAACUAGUAAUCCAGUACGACAAAUUGUAAAACCAUUAUCACCUCCUUCUAAAACAUCUACUAUAGAAGAUAAUACUCACAAUCUAUUAAAUUUAGAUGAACCAUCAUCACCUUUAUCAAAUAAUACAACUACUUCAACAAACAUUCCUUCAUCGGACAUUCUUGAUCCAUUAAAUGAAUUAUUUACAACAUCAACAUCAGAAGUAAUAAGCAUGAAUAAUUCAUUAGAAAAUGCACAUUCUUCUUCAAAUAAUACUCAAACAAAUAAUGGUACAGUUAUGAGUAAUGAAAAAAUUAUGGCUUUAUUUAAUACACUUCAAGUAUCGACAACAACACCUUCAGGAAUGAAUAUUCGACCAUCAAAUCCUUCAUUUCCUGGUUUUACUUAUUCGCUUGCACAACAUUCAAAUUUAGUACCUCCACAAAAAUCAGUAUCAUGUAGUAACAAUCUUUAUCAACAAGCAACGAAUUUCGGAUUUCAAGCUCAACAAGGUCAUCCAUAUCACGUACAUUCAGCACUAAAUUAUAAUAAUCCAAAUAGUACGAAUCCAUCAACUCUUCAAAGUCCAACAUCAACAUUCACACAUGGUCAAUUAAAUAGUCAAUUUAUGCCAUUUUCAAAUACAAAAAGUAAUACUUCAGGAGUAUCACUGAUUUCUAAUAUGACAAUACGUCCUGUAACAGAAUAUAUGCCGACAUCAUCUGAUACUCGUUGGCAACAAUGA